UGGGCGAUCCCCCGUGUAAGAGUGAGAUGGAGGAGGACAUUCCAGUUCAUGUGACCUCAGGCACACUUUUAAAUAAAAAGAGAAUCAUGCUCACCUUUUCAGCUCCAUUCUCUGUGCUUCCAGUCAAGUCCCAAUCCCUCUAUUUACAGACUGCAGCGGUGACGUGCCGGUAUACGGCACCUGACCACUGAGGAUAGUGAUUGGCUGCAGCUGUCACAUGUUAUUUACCUGCACAUCACCACUGCAGAUUGUGAACAACCAGCAAGAGGAGGACCGGAUCGAUCGGCAGUGCAGACGACGGUGCAGGAGAAAGAGGAAAUCCAAGUAAGAAGUCUGAGGGAACCUUCAUGUUAUCACUAGAUCAUAAAGUAGAAGAUGAAGAUAUCAUGCAGCGCUCUUCAGGAGGUUUCAUUGCCUGUAAUGAACAUCCAGGACCUCACAGUACAGAUCCAUCAUAUAAUCCUCCUAAUCAUGUGGAACCUUCUCCUGACCAAUCACAGAUUGUUAUCACAAGUGCUGGGCAGAAAGGAGGUAAAGAGUUUCAUUGUGGGGAAUGUGGAAAACAGUUUGCAUACAGCUCUGGUCUUUGUAGACACAGAAGAAUUCACACAGGAAAGAAGCCGUAUUCAUGUUCACUUUGUGAGAAAUGUUUUAUAAGCAAAUCAGAUCUUGUUAGACAUGAGAGAAGUCACAUAGGAGAGAAACCAUUUUCAUGUUCUAAAUGUGGGAAAUGUUUCAAAGAAGAAUCAAAUCUCCUUACACAUGAGAGAAUUCACACAGGGGAAAAGCCGUUUUCAUGUUCAGUAUGUGGGAAAUGCUUUACAGGUAAAUCAUAUCUUAAUCGUCAUGUAAGAAUUCACACAGGAGAGAAGCUGUAUUCCUGUUCAGAAUGUGGGAAAUGUUUCACAGUAAUAUCAAAUCUCCUUACACAUCAGAGAAGUCACACAGGAGAGAAACCAUAUUCAUGUUCAGAAUGUGGGAAAUGUUUCAUAAAUAAAUCUAAUUUAAUUACACAUCAGAGAAGUCACACAGGAGAGAAACCAUAUUUUUGUUCAGAAUGUGGGAAAUGUUUUACAAACAAAUCAAAUCUUAGUAAGCAUGAGAGAAUUCACACAGGAGAGAAGCCAUAUUCAUGUUCAGUAUGUGGUAAAUGUUUUGCAAAUAAACCAGACCUUUUUAAACACGAGAGAAGUCACACAGGAGAGAAGCCGUACUCAUGUUCAGAAUGUGGUAAGUGUUUUGCAAAUAAACCAGUUCUUGUUAUACAUGAGAGAGGUCACACAGGAGAGAAGCCGUAUUUAUGCUUAGAAUGUGGAAAAUGUUUUACAAAUAAAUCAUAUCUAGUGAGACAUGAGAGAAUUCACACCGGAGAGAAGCUGUCUUCAUGUUCAGUAUGUGGUAAAUGUUUUACAGUUAAAUCAGAUCUCAUUAAACAUGAGAGAAUUCACACAGGAGAGAAGCCAUAUUCAUGUUCAGUAUGUGGGAAAUGUUUUACCAUUAAAUCAAAUCUUAUUAUACAUGAGAGAAUUCACACAGGAGAGAAGCCAUAUUCAUGUUCACUAUGUGGGAAAUGCUUUACAAAUAAAUCAGAUCUUAUUAUACAUGAGCGAAUUCACACAGGAGAGAAGCCGUAUUCAUGUUCAGUAUGUGGGAAAUGUUUUACAAAUAAAUCAUAUCUUGUUAAACACGAGACAAUUCACUCAACAGAGAAGCCGUAUUCCUGUUCACAAUGUGGGAAAUGUUUUACCAACAAACCAUAUCUUGUAAGACAUGAGCGAAGUCACACGGGAGAGCAGCAAUGUUAAUGCUUUAAACAAUGUUUUAUAAGAAAAUCAUUCUAAAACUCAUCAGAGAAUUCACACAGAGAAGAAACCACAUUUUUGUUCAGAAUCAGGGCUGUGGAACUGUUAAACCAAAUCUCUGAUCCCAACUCCGACUCCUUCAUAAAUGGCCAAUAAUUUAGUAUGAACGUACUGUGGUAAAAUUGUAAAAUCUGGCCUUUUCUCACUGGCUACUUAGAGCAGAUACUGUAUUUAUGGGAAUACAAUUUCUGAAAUUCCUAACAUUUUUGUAAAUCCCUGUAAGUAAAUAUAUAAUAACUGGAGAAUUCUGUUAUAGACCUGAUAAUUGUAAGGAGUCUAGGAAUGUGCCCUCAGGUAGAGAAGCUGGAUAUGUCUGUGUAGCGGAGGCAGGCUGUGGCCACUUGUGAAAAGUUACUUAUUCCUGGACAAUUCCUUUAAUGCUGUCAUCUUGUUCUGUCUAGCAGCUCUGAGAUGACUGCAGGAAUGCCCGAUACUUCCCGGUCUUCACUACUGAGCAUGUGCGGCGCUAUUUCAGGCCUUGGAGCAGCAUUAGGAUACCGAGUAUAAAGGAAGGGGGGGAGAGGUGAGAAGUGAUUUUCCAUCCACCCUAGAACACCCUGUGCUUAUUUUAUUCUUGAUUAAUUGGGGCUUUAGAUUGAUGAACAUUUAAAUAUAUUUAUGAUUUAACAUUUCUACAUUU